UGUUGAGUUUGUUUCGGUGCUAAUGUGGGGGUAACAGGGAGACUUAGUUCGGAUUUGAGCCCAAAGCAAUGCAUCAUUUAACAUGAUGAAUGCAAACGUCAGGCUAAUUGUGUCUCAUUGGAGCCGACGUGCGUCAGGCAUGAGAGGGUUUCAAAUGAGCAUAAAUUAAGCGUUACUCUGGAGUCUGUUUACCCUUAAAGCCAGUAGCCUGUUCUUUAACUUAACUCCAGUGAAUAACACCACCUCAGUUUUGUAAAGAAGUGGUGACACAAGAUCUCAGAGCUAGAGAGAGAGACUGAGACCAGAGACAGAGCGAGCUCCUAAUUCUCACAUUCUGUUCUUAUAUUCAUACCUGUUGCCGAGCUGACUGCGCUUACAUUAAGAGAGAAUCAGAAUGGUUAAACAGACUCUCAGCUCCACACUGGACUCGGAUCUACCAGACGUCACAUCACUGAACUUGCUGGAUCAAGAAUCAGCUCCUAAAAAUAAAGCACACACUCCAAUUUCUCCUAAGGGCCCAAUGAGAAAAGUAUGUAUCCAGUCUCUUAAAAAGAGGGUCACUGCAGUGUCCACAGAAAGGAACAAGAUGGAGAGAGAGGGGAUGCCUUUGGGAUUCCCAGACUCUGUGUACAUUCAUGCUGCAGCUAUUUUCCAGAAAACUCAUGUGGAGAAAGACCUCGCACACCGACUCAUUCGCUAUAGGUGCACCAGUCCUAAAGGCGAUGGUGGUGGUGGUGGUGAUGAUGAUGAUGACGAUGAUGAUGAAGAUUCUGGGAUUGUUAACGACGGUGAUGCCAACACCAAGAAGAAUGAGCACUGGGCGUAUGAGCUGGCGUUUAACACUCUGAAAUACCAAGAUCUACUGGAGGAGAUCCUGACUGACAGCAACUUUCACCGUUCUCAGCAAAUGCCAGAUGAUCUUAUGGCUCUUGUGGUGGUCGUACUCUAUGACCUCCUGGACAGGAAGUUCCAGCCCAGAGAGCCAAUGAAGAGAGCAGAGGAGGGACUAAUAAAGGAAGUGAGACAGGUGGAGGACAGCCUUUGUAGGUUCAAGACCAAACUGGAAGCCUCACUGGCUCAGUACAGAAUAAAACAGAAUUUGCUGACAAUUGACAGUUUCCUGCCACCAGUUGUGAGGGUUAAACAACAAAGGUCACAAACAUUACCGCUCUAUGCCUGGGUCAACACCCUCAAAGCCAGCAUUGAAAAUGUGUGUGAGACUCUGAAGACAUCAGGCUUUACUCAGGUCGACUCACACACACCCCUGGUAGGAAAUGUGUUCUGUAAGGACAAACACUGUUCCAAUGUACUGCUGUUUCCCAGACGGCUCUCAAAACAACUGGAGAAAACCAACCUAGUGACAGAACACACACUCAUGAUACAGGAUAAAUCUCGCAGUCUGGCAGCAUGUGCGAUUCGCCCGCUGUUGGUGGAGAGUGGAGACGUUCUCAUGGUGGGAUCUUUCUCUGCUCUGACUGUGGCUCAUGUAGCUGUCCAGGCCGCUGCCUGUUCUGGCUGUGUACAUGUAUGUGGGGUCCUUAAUUUCUCCACCUUCAACAAUGAAUUACAAACCAUCCUCACCUCUACUGCCUGCAAAAAUGUGAAACUGAUGUCUGAGUACUUCAAUGAACUUAAUGAAUGGGAUUUGCGUAUUCAGAAGGUUCGGGUGAUUGUGUUGCUCCCAAAGUGUUCUGCGUCAGCACUUUGUAACCCUGUCGAGUUUAUCCUCAAUGAGAGUGGAGACAGAGGGCUGCUGCAUGGCCUGUCUAAAGGAAUCGUUUCUGAGAGUAAACUGGAGGCACUGGUUGCCAAGCAGAAACAGGACCUCAACCAUGCACUCACCUUUCCUAAGGUGAAAUCUGUGGUGUACUGCACAUGCUCAGUACAUCCAGAGGAGAAUGAAAGACUUGUGAAGAGAGCGCUUGAGAACGCAGACAGCAAAGCAAAAGCUGUGCCCUUCAGGCUGGUCAGUGCAGGAUGGGAUGAUGAGGAAGAGAAGUUUUUCAGAACUCAAGCAUCUGACGUCACAAAUGGCUGUUUCCUCUGUGUGAUGAAAAGAGAGCAAGACCCAGCAGAGGUAGAAACUGUGCAGGAUAUUUUAGCACGAGCUGCUGCUAAAGGUUUGUUGGGCGGACUGCGCCCUCCUGACCCCGUGAAUGGAGAGAAACCGAAAAAGAGAAAAAAACAAAAAGGAUCCAAACCAAUUCUUCCGCCUUCCUCCCUGAUUGAGCCUCCCGCAUCGGUGAUGAUCAGUCAGAGUCCUCCAGCUGACGGUGUGCUCAUCUAUACCAUCAUCCAGACAGCAGACGAUUCCAAUCACACUUCCAGAGUCCUGAAUGACAGUUCCACAAUCCUAGAUCAUGCUUCAAGUCAAACAUCUGCAGUUAUGGAUGCCACAUCUAGCACUACAAAUCACUCCAGUGUUCUAGACCACUCAUCCGACAAUAAAAAUCAGCCUUCUGUUGUGCAAAAGAAGCGACCAAAAGGUCAUAAGCCUCGAGCUAAAGUUGUUAAGCAGUCCAAGAGAAAAAAGUCUAAGUCCCGCACUCGUAAAGAACAUCAGAGCAAGUCUCGAACUCCACGCAAGAAACUCCUGCACCUUCGGCCAUCUCAACACACAACCCUUACCUCCAUUAAACCAACUCCACCUCAGAGCAAACCCGCUGCCAUCAGAACCCCAGUGUCACCGCACAGAUUCAGACAUUUGCACAGCAGAGCUGCGUCUCAACGAGAGUCUGUUAAACCAAAAAAGGAAAUGAUCAAAUCAGAAGCCUUCAAGCUAGACAGGGAGGAAAACCGGUCAAGAGAGUUCAGUCUUCCUCCUGUGUAUCCGCUCAGUCCUUCACAUCUCUCUUCGUCCCAUCGAUUGUACUCCUCCAUGUCUUCUAAUUUCUCCAGCAGUCUUUCCUCUUCUAGCAGCAUUGCCAAAGGCAGAGACUCCAUCAUUUGCCGUUGAGCUACAACCUGUUGUUCAUAAAUACACAUCCCGUGUGCUUACAUGCAAAAGAAGAAUUGUUUUCGCCAUUGAAAGCAAGGUACUGAUCUCAUAACUAAAACAGUAUAGUUGAUUAAAGGGAUAGUUCACCCAAAAAUGAAAAUUCUGUCAUUAAUUACUCACCCACAUGUC